AUGUGCAUGCAGAUGAUACCAAGGAAUUUUGUAGAGAGAUAUUGGAAAGAUGUAUCAAAUCCAAUAUCCCUUAGACUUCCAAACGAGUCUGAGUGCAAAAUGUUUUGGGUUCAACGUGGUGAUGAUAUUUGGCUUAUGAAUUGGAAAAAUUUUGCACGGUCGCUUAGAUGUGGAGAUCUUUUAGUUUUUCAAUACAAUGGAGGGUCAGAUUUUCAUAUCAUUAUAUUAGAUGAUAGUAAAUUAGAAAUCGAUUAUUCAAGUAUGAAAUGCAACGGCGAAGAAAAUUCUAACCAGGUUUGUAAACAAGAAGAGAGUGAUGAUGAUGAUUGUGUUGAGAUUCCGAAUGAUAUUGUUACUCCUGCUGCUACACCUCAAAGGACAAACAUUGACAAGAGAAAAAUUAAUAUGAAUUCAACCCAACAAAAAGUCUCAGGUUCUAACAAAGGAGGCAUGACGAAGAAGGCUAAGAGAUGUUCAAUAGCUGAAGCAAAUAAUAAGAAAUCCAACAAUAAGAAUCCAAGUUUUGAACUUAAAUUGACACAAUUUUAUGCCCAAGGAAACUUAUUUAGGAUACCAAGUAAGUUUUCAAGAGAAUACUUGAACGAGUUCGAAGGGAUUGCAAGGAUUAGGGUUGGUGAUGAUAGAACUUGGAAGGUGAAUGUGAAGUUUGAUUAUGCAAACAGAAGUUCUAUUGUGAGUGCUGGUUGGAAUUUAUUUACCAAGGAAAAUAACUUGCGAGUCGGUGAUGUGUGUAAAUUUAUGAUGACUCAAUCUGAGCCUCUUUCUUUUUAUAUUUCUAUUUCCCGAGCUAGAGAGGAACCAAGCCCUAGAAAAUUGCAAGGAUAUAUAAAAAGGAUCUCUUCUACAGAUUUAGAAGUUUCUAAUGUGAGGGAACAUAACACAUUGGAGCUCUUUGAGAAUUCCUCAUACCCGGCGUCUCUGCCCGCCAUAAAGAAAGAUCAAUGGCAAACCAAGUCGAUUUCUGCCGGGACCAAAGAGACUGCAUCAAGAGCCAAGAAAGAAACGCAUAAUAUUCGACUUUCUGCCAUCGACGAUUACAAAGAGUGA